GUCUUUGAUACUCCCUUGUUUGUCCUAAUACGAUCUUUGCAGGAAUCUUUUAUUUAUACUCCGGAGUACACCUUUUUGGCACUCUGUGCUUGUAUUAUCACUCUGAAUCUUCGACCUUGGAAGUCGUCCAAUGGAACCCAGGUCGCAUCUGGAAUUGUUGAGUUAUCUCCACCUGUGUUCUCAGCGGUCGAUAGUUAUGGGCCUCGUCAUCCUUGACCAUUUAAUAGCACCAUGGUCAAAUCUACCUCGCUUAACUUAUUCUAUCAAUCGAACAAGAUGGUAUUCCCCUUCGGGAGGCCAAGACGCCGGGUUACAAGGGAAGAGAAAGAUACAGUUACCGGGCGAUAGAAGCACGAUCUCGUCUAUAAAGCAUCGGCUUUUUUCCUGGAUGGAGAACAAGGAGCCCGGUCUAGAACAUGACGCGGCCCUGAACUUAUUAGAGGUUUGCGAGAGAUGCUUGAAUGUAAAGGGACAGCCGUGCCUUUUUACAGCCACUCUGCGAUAGCAUUCUACGAUUGUGCCGAUUAUUCUAUUAGGGGACUCGGAGGAUAACGAGAACGAACGCAAAGGCUUGUAUUGCUCUAGAGUUUCCACUGUGUAGCUGCGAUUAUUUUGGCUUAGUUGGAGUUCUGGUUGGGACGUUUGUAUCUUCAUGUGCUUUCUUCCUCUUCCACUUCCGCUUUUUCUUCUUCUUUACAGGUUCUCGAAUAAUUACGUGGCUUAGCUCCAGAGGCUGGGUUACC